AUGCCGGACUGCUUUGUGAAUGGGUGCCCAAGUACUACUAGAAGAGGAAAAUCAAAUCCUGCCGUUUCUCUUCACGUUUUUCCUAGAAGUGUUGACCGGAUUAGACAAUGGCUGAAACAAACUAAACAAUAUGAAGACAGAUUAGAAGAGGUGGUUAAAUUGGUAUUUGAAACCAAAAGAUAUCGUAUGUGUUCUUUGCAUUUUACAGAGGAUUCUUACUACACCCAUGGUGUACGGAAGUAUUUGAAAGAUGAUGCGCUUCCCACAAGAUUUAUUCACGUUGCAGUAUCAACUCCAUUUCCUUCUACAUUUUCAACCACCAAGAGAUCAACUCUAUCUCAAUUUCAUAAACCGUCAACAUCAAUGAAAGCUCCUGAUGUACCAGUUAAAGCUCCUGAUGUACCGGCUACAUCUGCGACAAUUCAGGAAGAUGUUCCUAUAAAGAAAAUGAAACUAUCUCCAAUACUAACAACUAUAAGACCGAAAGUGAUGACACCUGCAGAAAUAACUAAUUUACAAGUACUACAAAUGUCUCAUAUACGCAGUAUUCCUAUACUAAAAGGCAUUGAAAAAUGCUCUGUGUGCGGACAUUGUUUGAACAAACAGAUGAUUGAUACAAGUACAAUGACAGAGUUGAAGAUUACAGAGGACAAGUCUACAGAUUUUGACCGAUUUUAUUCAACACUCACAGCCAAAAUACAAACUGGUAAAAUGUUAGGUUUAAAAAAUAAAUCCACAAGUACUUCCGACUUUCUAAGAAAAUCAGAUAAGUAUACAUGGACUAUGGGUGAUGUAAGUUUAGAUCCUCAUCUGAGUAUUUCUACAAUUGAUAUAAAAUCACUCCAUAAACAGAGCACCAGUAGUACAGAUAGACGCACAACUUCCACAUCAUCUGUGAUAGCAAUAGAUAAAGAAUCUUCAAUAGAUAAAGGAAUUAAGAUAGCCGAAGAAAGUAAUAUUUCAUUAAUCAAAAAUAUUGAAAAGGAUCCACAUGAUCCCAGUUUCAUUACAGACACAACAGCAGAAUCUGAGGAAAUUUUUUCUCAAGUGGAAGAAGCUACCCUGGAAGGUUUUCCAGUGGUUGUACAGGAGCGGUUAGAGAUUAAGAAAGAAAAGCCUGACAUGGAGUAUAAUGCGACCACAAUAAAGCGUGAAACUGGCACAUUUACUGCUGAUGGUUUUGCAGUGUUUGCACCAGAGAUCAUAAAGGUGAAGUCAGAGACAGAGGAGCCAGAUACCAGGGAUCAUUUACCCACAAUAAAAACUGAAAAUGUUACACCCACAGGUAUUGUGACCUCACCAGAGAGUAUAACGAUGAAGUCGGAAACAGAGGAGCCGGAGUCUGAGGAUCAUGUGACCACAAUGCAGACUGAAAACGCUACACCCGCAGCUGGCGGUUUUCCAUUGUGUGCGCUGGGAACGUUAGAGGUUAAGACUGAAAAAGAAGAUCUAGACAUUGAUGAUCGCGUGACAGCGAUAAAGAUUGAAAAUGUUACAACCACUGUUGAUGGUUUUCGUGUGGUCAUAGUGGAGAAUUUACAGGUGAAGGCGGAGCAAGAAGAUCCGUAUACGGAGGGGGAAACAAAUACUUUUCCUGUUGAUGAUCGAGAAGAAAGCAGCGGUACUAAUGCUUCUGUCUUCAGAACGGAAGAAGGUGCCUCUGUAGAUGUGGAAGAGAGAGUGGGCAACACAGAUUGGUGUGUUUGCGGCAAUUGCCAAGCUAUGCCAACCACCCGUGAAUCAAUCUGCUGCCGUGACGUGGAGAAUAUUUAUUCUAAAAUCCCUGACGGUUCAUCCUGUAUUUGUGAGGAUCCAUAUGUGUCUAUAUCAUUAACCAGCAGACAGUAUUUAGUGCAAGUUUACCGUCUUUUGGCAAGCUACAAGAAAAUACCCAACAAUCCAAAUGAGAAGGAUUUACGGAAGAUAUCAUACAGAUCUUUCAUGGUUUUUGCUCAUGGAUACCUUGGACCAAGGCAUGGAAAGACGAUACCAUCAUGUGUGGUUUCAACUAUAAGGAAUGCAUUUCCAGCACCAGAUCGCAUGUAUGUUGGAUCUUAUGCAGCAGAAGAAGAAGGACCUGCCAUUAAUAUGUUACUUAAAUAAAUUUAUAAAGCAGUUAUAUUCCCUUUCAGUUUUAAUAAAUAAAAAAGAGAAAUAGUACCGGUAAUUAAAGUUUUAUUGUUCUUAGUUUGGGUUAAAGUCAAAUUGUUGUUAUAUUGAUUAAUAAAAUAAACCAUUCUGGAUUUAUAAAAA